AACACAUCAUUGAUGUCGACAACGAUAAUGUCUAAAUCAUUUAAUUCGAAAUCAACAACAUCCGAACAAAUUAUGAAAUUGAUUGAAAUUAUUCGUUCCAAAUAUGGUUAUGGUUUUACAUUGUCCGGUGAAAUGCCAUGCCGAUUAACACAUGUCAAAGGACAUGCACGUUCGGGUGGUCUACGAUCCGGUGAUCGUCUUCAUAUCGUAAAUGGACAAAAUGUUGAUACAUUUACACAUGAUCAGGUGGUCGAAUUGAUUACAUCAAUUCCAGAUGGACGAUUAUUGUUACAUGUUUCAGCUGCUUCUACUGACGAUUCUCUUUCAUCAUCAUCAUCACCAUCAUCAUCAUCGUCAUCUACAUUAUCAUCUUGUUGUUCAUCUAUUGAUGAAAAUAAUGAUAAACAAAAGCCAAUGAUUUGUCGUGAUAAUCAAAAACAAAACCAACGUCAAUUUAAUUCAUCUUCCGCUAAAAUUGCUACUUCGACUUCAAAAUCAAUGAUGAUUGAUGUUGAUCGAAAAUCAUCGAUAUCACUUCUAACUACAUCGACACUUCCUAACCAACAGCAAUCAUCGAAAAUGCAAAAAUAUCGCUCACAUCGAAAUACUAGACAUCAUCAUCAUCGAAAUAAUCAUCGUACUAUACCUCGCAAUCAUCAUAAUUAUCAUACGAAAAAACAUCGAUCAAUAAAAAAUAAUCAAUGCAAACGCCAGCAGCAACAAGAACCACAAUCUUCAACAACGACAAUCUUAAGUCCAUCAGAAACAUAUCAAGAUGAAUCUCAAAUAUCAUCAUCUAGGUAUCAUUAUCGUAACAAACCUAGAUUCAAAGAUUAUAAACGAAAUUACCAUCAUCAAAAUCGAUAUCAUAAAAAUGGUGAUCAAUCAUGCAAUAGCGAUGGUGAUAUCUAUACUAAUGUAGCCGAACAUUUUGAGGGCCUGUGGAAACGAGCAUCAAGUCAAACUGGAACGCUCCAUCAAACACAAUCACAAAAACCAUCGUUUCAUUCAUUCAAAUCAAUAGACAGCCUAUUGGAACGAUUUCCAAAUCAUGACAAUCAUAAAGAUUGUGAUGAAUCAAUGUUACAUCAACAUUUUCGAAAUCAUAAAAAAUUAGAAAACAAACAAAUUCUGCUGAAUAUUCAACAUCAACAACAACAGCAAAAACAACAGUCGUUUGGUGAUGCAAAAGAAGUCAAUAAAAAAAAGCUAUUUCAAAUUGAAUCUGAUCAUCAAAUGAAUGAUAUAAACUCGUUUAAAGUUGAUGCCGAUGUUCAUCAUCAUCAUCAUCAAGUUCAGCCAGACUACCAUAAUAAUGAUGGAAAAUUAUUUGCACUUUCAUCAAAAAAUUUAUCGAUGACCAGUGAUCAAGAUUUAAUUCCAAAUGAACAACAAUUAUUUAUUGCAAAAAAGAAUGAACUAUCUAAAACAAAAACAAAUUCUACAUCAGGCUUUUCUUCUAUAUCGCCAUCAUCAUCAACAUCCAUUUCUCCUGGAUCAUCACCAACAUCGACCACUGAACGAUUGAUAAAUGAAACGAAAAUACAACCAAACAUCGUCAAUAUUGAACAGCAUUUGUUGAUGCAAUCUUCGAAAACAUCACCUCCGGAACUGUUCAUUUCAAAUGCUUCAACAACAACAACAUUAUCAACUGAUCCUGAUCAACAUUCGCAAGCAAUAUUUCGUUCAAUCGUCGAAUGUAUACGAAUUGUUCGUUAUCGUAAUGAUCAUAAUAUUUGUCAUGAUCAAUGGAUAAAUAUUCAAUCAAUAUUUGAUCAUGAUCAUCAUACAUCGUCAUCUGAAAUCAUUGAUGAUGAUGAAUCGAAUUUCCCAUUAUUAAUUGCCAUAUAUCCAUGUGAAUUAUAUCUAUUUAGCUAUAAAAUAAAUUGUCAUAUAAGAGCCAAACAAAUCAUACAAUGUCAAUUAUUAUGGCCGACAAAUAAAGAAUAUUUUGUAUUAAUCAUACGUGAUGAUUUUGACUGGAUUCGUGCAUUUAUAAUGAAAGUUUCAUCCGAAACCUGGCAAUCUCAUCAAAAUCAUCAUCAGAUAGCUUCAUUAUUAUCAAUAAAAUGUACUCCAGAUCCGAUUGCCAAGAAUCAUUGUCUUGAAUUUCCGGAAAAUUGCGAACCGAUAUUACGCACUAUUUAUACGCUUUAUCGGCGACAUUUAACCAAUAAUAAUAAUAGUAAUAAUAAUACGAAUAACAACAAUAACAAUGGAAUUGAAUUGAAUACUAGAUCAGAAAUGAUAACGAAAAAGAAGCCAUUAAAUAAUGACCAACAGGCGACAUCGAUAACAACAACAUCGAUUAUGGCCAAUGACCAGAAUAAAAUAAUUCGGCCUAGAUUUUCAAAAAUGGAUAAAAUCCAAGGUCGUACCUCAGUCUUUUCAUCACCAUCAUCAUUGACAUCGAUUAACAUGGGUCAUAAUUUACAAAUGAAAAAAAAUUUACCAAAAACAAUAUAUGAUAGUAGUAGUAAUAGUAAUAAUUGUACGCCCACCAGAAUUGAAAAAACAGCAACAUUGUCAAUGAAUGAUUUUACCGCUACAACGGAAUCGGAUUCAUUUUUAUUAAAAAAACAAUUUUAUUCAUCCGACAUGCUCGGUCAUAUUGUACAACAACAACAACCAAUAGCAAUAAAUGAACAGCAAACACCUAUUCCUCCGCCUACAUUGUCUUCUACAACAGUUUCGACUACAAUGACAACCAAAGAAUCUAUGUCGAAUAUAAAUUGUAGUGGUAGUAAAAUGAUGAUGGUUGAAUCAUCAUCCGUUUGUCAGUCAUCACCGAACAAUCAUUAUAAUUCCGAAAAUUCACAUUCGAAAUUGUUGAAUUCGUUGAACUUCCAAAACGGUAAAAACAAGGCUAGCAUUGGUGAAAGUAACGGAAACAAUCUAAAAACUCCAAUAAUCGCCGGGCACAUAGGUAGUAACAAUCAUAUCGAUCCAAGUGUUACACCUGACCGAUUGCAACAACAAUACCAAUCAAUGGUUUCACCUUGUGAACAAAGAUUGCCAUCGAAUCGUGAAACAUAUAAUCGACCGAAAUCAAAUGAAACCAGUUCCAAACCAAAUUCAUUAUUUUAUUCAUCGCCAUUUGUUGUUCAGCCAAUGAUACGAAAGGCCGAUUCAUUAACGAAAGAUGAAUGGAUUGUCAAUGGAAAUCGAACAAUUCAACUCGAUUCUUCAUCAUCGCAAAAAAUCAAUGCUUCUCAUGUGCAUCAAAUGGUUGAACUGAAUCAUUAUGAUUCUGAAACAUCUGAUCAACAACAACAACAUCAAUAUUAUUUGUUAAAUGUGAACAAUGUACGACAAGCAGCAGAACGUUAUCUUUUGCAUCAUCUACGUCAUUAUCAUCAAAAAAAUCCAAAUUCUGAUCGUUUAAAUAAUAAUAAUAAAAAAAUGAGUGAUGAUACUGAUCAUCAAUUAAAAAUUAAUAAUAAUAAUAGUGAUAAUAAGAAAUCAGAAGAGCAAGAAGUAAAUAUCAUUAAUGAUAAAAGUAGUUUAAAUACUGAUGAAAUAUCUAGUCAGCAAACAAAUACUGAAAAUUUAACGGAAAAAAUGUCUAUAUUAACAAUACAACAUCAGCAUCAUCGACCACCAUUACCACUACCUUCAUCAUUAUCAUCAUCACAACAGAAUUCUUCGAUUGACGAUGAUCAACGAAAAUCAAUUGAUCAUCAAUCAUCAAUGAAUAUUCUGACCGGUCAUUCAUUUGAACAUCAUCAUCAUCAUCAUGAACAUUCAUAUCAAUCACCAACUGAAUCAUCUUUAAUAGCAAACAUUACGGACAAUCGUUAUCUUUCUGAACAACAACAAUUACGAAAACAAAUACAAACGGGAACAUUAUCAAUUCAACAUGAACAAGGUAAUAAUGGUGAUCAUAAAAAGAUCCUAGAACAACAGAAUCUAGAAUCAUCAUUUCAGAAACAAUCACAAAAUCAACAACAACAAUUAAUGACCAAUUCUACUGAAAAUGAUAACAAGAUUAAUUCAAACAAUGAAAAAAAUAAUGAAUCAAAAAAUACCCAGUUGCCUAGUAAAAAUCAUCUGCAAUUACAACAUCAAAAAUCAGUUGCAGUUGAUGAAUAUUUUGUGAUGGAUGGAUCAUCGCCUCCACCACCUACUUCAACUUCGUAUUUAUUACAUCAUCAUCUAGAUCAAGAACACAAGGAAAAACAUGAUGAACGGCCAAUUGAUGUUGGCUGGGUUGGUGGUUGGGCAUCUGAUUUUGACAUUUUACUUAGGGAUUCAAUCGGUAUCAAAGCUUUCACUGAUUUUCUUCGUAAAGAAUUCAGCUAUGAAAAUUUACAAUUUUUUUUGGCUGUACAAAAUUUCAAAAAGCUUACUGAUUCAGAUGAGAUACGGAAAAAAUCUCAAGAAAUUUACGAUAAAUUUAUUGCACUUUCAGCACCAGACCCUGUAAAUGUUGAUAGCCGUGCGAGAAAAUCUGUCGAAUCUGGCUUGAGCAAUCCGAAUAAUCGAAUAUUCUUGUUGGCAGAAGAACAGAUUUAUAAUUUAAUGAAAUUCGAUAGUUAUGUACGUUUCCUUAAAUCAGAUAUCUAUGAGAAAUGUUCAAUCUUAGAUUUGAAGGGCGAAUCAUUGCCUUAUGAAAAUGAUGACGCCAUUGUUGGUGAUACAAUCUGUGAUACAUUAUUGAGUUCAACAUCAUCCGCCAAUGCUAUUUCGACAAGUGGACGAUCUGGUCAUAAUAGCGGUAAGAAUAAUCCGGCUGCUGUCAAAAAACGAAGAUCAUUCAUACCUUGGGCUAGAUUAAAAUCAUCGAUUAAUCAUAAAGCAUCAUCAUUAUCGUCGAUGACUGCACCAUCGUCAACCAAGGCCGAAAUGUUUGGCUCGAAAAAACAAUAUAUGAUGAGAAAAUUAACCAAUUCAAUACAUAAAAUUCGUUCAAAAUCACUGGAUGAACAUUUAACUAAUCAUGUGAAUAAUAAAACACAACAUUUAAUCGGGUCUGAAACUCAAAGUCAUAAUUCAUCUAUCGAUAAAUCAUCCAUUAUUUCAAAUGGGCAAAAAAAUCCAUUCAACUCGACAAGUCGUAGCUCAUUAAUGCCUCACAGUUCCGAUUCUAUCGAUUCAUCUGAUCAUAAUGUAUUUCCUCCAUCACCAGAUAAUAUGAAAUCAGUGGAAAUUAUUGAUGCCUCAUGUUCUCCUCCAACUUCGAUACCAACAGCAAUAGAACAUUUGAAAAGUCAUUCCGAAAGUGAUCCUGUUUCGCCGGCAAAGUCUUUAUCUUUGGCAAUGACUACUACUUUAUCUUCAACAUCAACGGCCAACCUUCCAAAUUUACCAUCCUCGGCAUCGUCUUCAUCGUUUAAUCACAAUUGUAAUCGUGAUAAUUGUCAUUUUUUGCGUAUAGUGUUUCCCGAUCGUUCGCAAACUGUAGUACCAUCAUCACCAAAUGAAACACUUAAUAAUUUAUUGAAAAAAUUGUUUGAAAAACGUUCAUUAAAAUAUUUGGCAUGGGACGUUUUCAUUACCGGUAAUGAAAAGCCAUUGGAUUUAUCAACAAAUACUACACAACUUGGAUGUGUUGAACUUCGUGUAGAACAACGUGUAAUAUUUCGUGUUGAAUUUCCAAGCCAGGAUAUUAUCGGAGUCAAAACAAGGCCGACAAAACUCUGUUCAGAAAUUUUUCAUCCAUUAUUGAUACGGUAUGGUUACCGUCCUGAACAUACUGUAAUGACUAUUGCUGAAACUGAACAAAUAGUGCCCCAAAUGUCACCAGUAUCAGUACUUGAUGGUCAACAUAUUGUUGUCAGUUAUUUUGAUGAUCUUGAAGAAUGGGGUUGGGAUACGACUAGAAAUAACAUUCCAGUUGCAUUGAGUUUAGCUGGUAAAUCAUUUAGUGAAGAUAGUAGUAUGAAAUCGAAAAAGAAAGAUGAAAAAUCGAUGGAUGGCCAUGCAUUGAUUGAUCAACAACAACAGGCAUCAUCGGUACCAUCGGUGGCUACAUAUCAUAAUUUAGGUUCGAUUCGUGAUCAUUUAUUGGCCAGUAGAUAUAUCGCUGCCAAAAAUAAUCAAAGUAAUAAUUUGAAUCUAGAAUGUAGUCCUCAGCUAGAUUCAUAUGAAUCCCCUACAAAUACAUCAUCAUCAACUCCGGGUGAUGAUACGCAAUCGGAUAUAUUUUUUCGUGAAUUGAUGAAAACUGCACAUACAAUACCGUCACCACCACGUGGCCCAUCAUUGACAUCAACUUAUUCUGCUGCAUAUGGUAUUAUCAAUAGCAGUUCUCCACCGAACGAAACUACAAGUAAUCGUUCACAACAAUCACAAACACCGAUAUCGAAUACAAAUCGAAUACCAUAUCGAACAUCUAAUAAUUCGUCGCAACAGCAACAACGUAACCAAUCUCUUCGCGAUCUGCAAAAUCAUCGACAUUUUAAAUCUUACCAACCGAGCCCAUUAUCAUAUGAACCAGUCCCUGUACCUAGAAGUCUAGAAAUGGCUCGAAAACAAAUUAUGUCCGAAAACGAACUGGGUCAAUCGAUUUCGUCAAAUUCAUCACCAUCAAUUAAUACAUUACCGUUGGAUCUUCCUAAUCAUCGGCAUAAAUUGAAUAGUCAGCCGAUCACAACACAGGAAUCAAAUAAAUUGAAUUUGCUACAACCGCAAAAACCGCCAUUACGUCGUCAAAAAUCUGAUCCGCCUACUCAACCACCACCAUUACCACCAAAAUCAACCAACACCACCAAUUUGAUGAUGAAUACUAAUAAUAUUACUACAAACACCAUUUGUCCUCCACGACCACCACCUCGAACAUCAAUUUUUACGCAUCGAAAUCAAUCAUUGACUAGUGAUAAUUGUCAAAAUCAAUCCAGUUCAAUUACAAUGACUAAUCCUAGUGAUUCUAGUUUAGCUUGAUUAUUCUUGAAGCUUGAAGUUAAUUUUAAAAUGAUUUUUUAUAAUGUUAUAUCAGUCAGAUAGAAUUCAAUUUUUGUGUGCA